CUUACGGCGGGCGGGCGGACGGUCGAGCUCACGGCAGCGCCGGAGCCGCGACACAGGCGUGUGGGCUGAGCGCAGCCAGAGAGGGUAUUUGUGUGGGAUCCCCCCCUGCCACGGACGGGCAGAGGGCAACAGCGUUACCGCAGGAGGGUGUGAACUGGGAAAAAAUAUAUUUAAACACCCCUCCCUUCUUUUCUCCCUGCCUCCGGAGCAGAGGAGGCAAACUGCGCGGACUGAGUUACUGCGGAUCCCUCGCGUUACCCAGUGCGCGCAGGAGCGGCGAGAGACCGGUCGCUCGGCACCGUCUGGCAAUGCCACGGGCUGCGGGGAUGAGAGUGAGCCGACCGCCGGCGGGGACGCGGGCACCGGGUGCCCGUGGAAGGAGCCUCUCUGUCUGAACGGAGCGGAGAACGCGCGGCGGCGGCGGCCGAACCAGUGAAGCCUCCCGGAGCUCAGCAGUCCCGGGAAGGCAGAGGCGCCCUUUCCCCAGCCCCGCUCCCCGGCUCCGCAGGGUUAUGUUGGAGUUACAGCGUCCUGGAGAACGUCCGAGCAACCGGGAUUGUGUUACUGGAGUACGGUUUUCCAGAUGGACUUUGUGGUUUGGAGAGAAUCCCCUGUUCUGAAAAUAUUCCGGUGAUUGAGGUUUGGACCGGCUCCCAGUGAGGCUCCCAGCAACCUCUGCGUGCACUCAGUAGCGCAGCCCAGGGAGGCCCCCAACCCUUGGCAGAUUAGCAGUGACGCUGCCUAACCUGCCGAGAAUCUCCAGCAGCCCUUGUUUUUUGUUCGAUAAUUGAGUUGGUAUAUGUUUGGAAUCGCCCACUGUCCUCAGGAGCAGAGGCCACCUAUUUGGAGCCAAAGAUACCAGCUGUUGGCCAAUAUUCAGUGCAGGUGAGGGACGAUGGUGGUUGCAGGGACCAGCGCGCAGAGUCCUGGCCUGCCUCCCUGGCCGCCCAUCCUUCUGCUGAUCCUCGGAGCAGUGCUAUCGGGCCACGCCAGCGGCUGCCCGGCUCGCUGUGAUUGUUCAGCGCAGGAGAGAUCCGUGGUGUGCCACCGGAAGCGGUUCAUCUCCGUUCCAGAGGGGAUCCCGACUGAAACCCGGCUGCUGGACCUGAGCAAGAACCGCAUCAAGACGCUGAACCAGGACGAGUUCUCCGCCUACCCGCUGCUGGAGGAGCUGGAAUUGAAUGAAAACAUUAUCUCCACAGUGGAGCCCGGCACCUUCAGCAACCUCUUCAACCUGCGCUCGUUGGGUCUGAGGAGCAAUAGGCUAAAACUGAUCCCCCUCGGUGUCUUCACUGGCCUCAACAACCUCACGCAGCUGGACAUCAGCGAGAACAAGAUCGUCAUCCUGCUCGACUACAUGUUCCAGGAUCUGUACAACCUCAAGUCGCUGGAGGUGGGCGACAACGACCUGGUCUACAUCUCGCAUCGCGCCUUCAACGGCCUCCACAGCCUCGAGCAGCUGACGCUGGAGAAGUGCAACCUGACCACAGUGCCCACCGAGGCGCUGAGCCACCUGCACGGCCUGAUCGAGCUACGGCUCCGCUUCCUCAAUAUCAACGCCAUCCAGAACUACUCCUUCCGGCGGCUGUACCGCCUCAAGGUGCUGGAGGUGUCCCAUUGGCCCUACUUGGACACGCUAGCACCCAACUGCCUGUACGGGUUGAAUCUCACCUCCCUCACCAUCAGUAGCUGUAACCUGAGCUCUGUGCCAUACCUGGCCAUCCGACACCUGGUCUACCUGAAGUUCUUCAACCUCUCCUUCAAUCCCAUCACCACCAUCCAUGGCCACAUGAUGCAGGAACUGCUGCGGUUGCAGGAAAUUCACCUGGCCGGCGGCAGGCUCACCACCCUGGAGCCCUACGCCUUCCGAGGCCUGAGUCACCUACGGGUGCUCAAUGUCUCCUCCAACUACCUGAGCACGCUGGAGGAGAGCGUCUUCCACUCGGUGGGCAACCUGGAGACGCUAAUCAUGGACAGGAACCCGCUGGCCUGCGACUGCCGCCUCCUCUGGGUGUUCAGGCGCCGCUGGCGACUCAACUUUAACCGGCAGCAGCCGGCCUGCGCCUCACCCGAGAUGGUGCAGGGCAAGGAGUUCAAGGACUUCCCGGACGUGCUGUUGCCCAACUACUUCACGUGCCGGCGCGCGCGCAUCCGCGACAAGGCGCCGCAGCGGGUGCAGGUGGACGAAGGGCACUCCGUGCACUUCCAGUGCCGGGCGGAUGGCGAUCCCCCGCCUGUCAUCAUGUGGGUUUCGCCCAGGAAGCGGCAGAUCUCGGCGCGCAGCAGCGGCAGGCUGACCGUCUUCCCGGACGGCACGCUGGAGGUGCGCUACGCCCAGCUACAGGACAAUGGCACCUACCAGUGCCUGGCCAUGAACGCGGGCGGCAAUGACACGGUGACCGCCAGCCUGCACGUCCGCGGCUACGCGCCCGACUGGGGCCAGGCGCCCAAUAAGAGCUUGGCGUUCAUCACCAACCAGCCGAACGGCAGCAGCGCCAACAGCACCCGCGCCUCCGUGCCUUUCCCCUUCGACAUCAAGACUCUGAUCAUCGCCACCACCAUGGGCUUCAUCUCCUUCCUGGGGGUGGUCCUGUUCUGUCUGGUGCUCCUGUUUCUCUGGAGCAGGGGCAAGGGUAACACCAAGCACAACAUCGAGAUCGAGUACGUGCCUCGCAAAUCGGACGCGGGUGUGGGCACUGCGGAUGCACCGCGCAAAUUCAACAUGAAGAUGAUUUAAGCGAUCAGCCACGUACUCUUUUCAUCAAUACGUUUGGUGACCACCGAUUUUUGAAGAAGUAUUUAGUUCGUGGGAAUGCGAGGAGCGCGUCGACGCGUGGUUUUUAUUUUCUAUGUGAAGGUGUGGAAGUAUUUCAGGAGAAGCGGGGUGAGCACUUCCCGUCGCCUUUUCCCGGUCACGGAGUGGCUCGCUGUCCCGGGGAGUUCGCUGGCUGCUUGGCUCCAAGCCGGCGCCGGGGAGCCACCGCACCUCACCUAGAAACCAUUUCUGCCCCAGCAGGGAGCCAUCCUCACACCGACUGACCCGACACAGGACACCGUACUGACAGCAGGAACCGAGGGAGGGGGAGGAGGAGGUGAACAUAGAACAUACAACAACGCACAGAGCAUAGAAUAAACACACAAGGUUCUGCAGAUGCUGGAAAUCUAGCGCAACACACAAAAAAUGCUGGAGGAACUCAGCAAGUCUGGCAGCAUAAAAAAGACUACGAAGGGUCUCGGCAUGUGGCUGUUUAUUCCUCUCCGUAGAUGCUGCUUGUCCGGCUGAUUUCCUCUCGCAGUCUGUAUGUGCUGCACAGGAGAGAGAGCAUUUUAGGAUGCAAAACAGCUUAUGCUGCCACGCUGUCUGUAAGGAGUUUGUACGUUCUCCCCGUGACCACGUGGGUUUCCUCCGGGUGCUCCGGUUUCCUCCUACAAUCCAAAGACAUAUCGGGUAGUAGGUUAAUUGGUCAUAUGGGUGUAAUUGGGCAGCGAAGGCACGUUGGGGCAGAAGGGCUUGUUACCGUGUUGAAUCUCUGAAUAAAAAAAGCAUGGGACACUAAUAUCGAAAUUACUCCAUUACAGUGUUCUAUCAUAUAUAUUUUUACUUGGAGAUCAGUACAGUAAUAGGCUAGUCGGCCCACCAUAUCUAUGCCAUUUAACACCAACUGCCCGUACAUUGUCAAUAUCCAUCCAUACUCUGCCUGUCCAUGUGUCUAAACUGUCUCCUCCACCUUCUCCACUCUCUUGUAAAACUCAGUUAAAUUCCUCCCAUUCACCUUCCAAUUAUGCCCUUCAGUAUUUGACAUUUGCAGCUUGCGAGAAGGAGUAGACUCCGCCUGCUCUGUCUAUUCUUGUCAUUGUAUAAAUUUCUCUCCGGUUGCCCCUCAGACUCCGCUGCCCUGGAAGAAACAGCCCAAGUUUGAUCAACCUCUCCUCCAGGUUAAUAAUACCCCCUAAUCCAGGCAACAUCCCGAUGAACACUCUCCAAAUCCACUGCAUCCUUCUUUAGAUACACUAACCAGAACAGCACACCAUACUGCAAAGGGGGAAACUAACCAGGGUAGACAGACCAGAGACACAAGGGACAGCAGGUGCUAGACAGGGGUAGACAGACCAGAGACACAAGGGAUGGCAGGUGCUAGACAGGGGUAGACAGACCAGAGACACAAGGGAUGGCAGGUGCUAGACAGGGGUAGACAGACCAGAGACACAAGGGAUGGCAGGUGCUAGACAGGGGUAGACAGACCAGAGACACAAGGGACAACAGGUGCUAGACAGGGGUAGACAGACCAGAGACACAAGGGACAGCAGGUGCUA